CUGCCUUGAUGCUUCCUUAGUUCACGAUGGCCAAGCCGCAGAGCAGAGAUCCAGGUCUGAAGGAGAAGUUUAAGAGUCUCUUAGGAAUCGGGCCGUCCAAGCCGAACGCUAAGUCGUCAGACGGGAAACAGACAGAGUUCAUCAUCACGGCAGAGAUCCUCAAGGAGCUGAGUCCAGAAUGUGGCUUGAACAAUCGGAUAAGGACGAUCAGUCAGAUCUGUGAAGUAGCAAAAACUAAGAAGUUUGAAGAGCAUGCAGUGGAAGCUAUCUGGAAGGUGGUGGCUGACAUGCUGCAGCCGGAUCGGCCGGCCGAGGCCAGGCAUGCUGUGUUGCAUCUGCUGACGGCGAUCAUUCAAGGACAGGGUGAGAGACUAGGGAUCCUCCGAGCCCACUUCUUCAAAGUGAUCAAAGAUUACCCUUCCAACGAAGACUUACAUGAGCGGCUUGAGGUGUUCAAGGCUCUUACGGAUAAUGGAAGAUACAUCAUGUACUUGGAAGAAGAACUGGCUGAGUUUGUCCUUCGGUGGAUGCACGUUGGCUUGACUUCGGAGUUCCUGUUGGUGCUGGUUAACCUGGUCAAAUUCAACAGCUGCUACUUGGAUGAUCAUAUUGCUGACAUGGUCAAUAUGAUUUGCCUCUUGUGCAUCCAGACCUCUUCGGCCGUUGACAUUGAGGUCAGUCAUCGGAUUUCCCUCCAGGUUCUGGAUGCCGUGGUCUGUUACAAUUGCCUGCCUUCUGAGACCCUCCGCGCCUUCAUCAUUACCUUGUGCUGGACCAUCAACGUGAAGGAACUGUGUGAGCCUUGCUGGAAGCUCAUGCGCAAUUUGCUGGGAACUCACUUAGGGCACAGCGCCAUUUACAACAUGUGCCGAAUCAUGGAAGACAGAACCUACACGGCAGACGCGGUCCUCCUAAGAGGCGCCGUGUUCUUUGUGGGGAUGGCCUUGUGGGGCGCGCAUAGGCUGCCGUCACUCAAGAACUCGCCAACCUCGGUCCUGCCCUCCUUUCUGAAGGCGAUGAGUUGUCCGAACGCCGUUGUCUCCUACGAAAUAGUCCUUUCCGUCACGAGGCUCAUCAAAAAGUACGGGAAGGAGCUUCAGGCAGUCACCUGGGACAUCCUCCUGGAUAUAAUGGAGCAGUUGCUCCAGCAGUUGCAGACCUUAGAUAACCCAGAGCUGAAGUCCAUCGUCCAUGACUUACUGACCACGGUGGAAGAGCUGUGUGACCAGAACAACUUUCAUGGAGCCAAGGACAGAUACUUCGAGCUUGUGGAGAGAUGUGCUGAUCAGCGACCUGAAUCUUCUGUUCUGAACCUGAUCACCUACCGAGCGCAGUCCAUCCACCCUGCAAAGGACGGCUGGAUCCACAACCUGCAAGGACUGAUGGAGAGGUUCUUCAGAAAUGAGAGCCGGAGCGCCAUUCGCAUCAAAGUUUUGCACGUCCUGUCUUUCGUCCUGAGUGUCAACAGGCAGUUCUAUGAAGAAGAGUUGAUUAACCUGGUGGUGAUCUCCCAGUUGGCUCACAUCCCGGAAGAUCAGGACCCCCAGGUCCGCAAACUGGCCACCCAGCUGCUGGUCGACCUGGCCGAAGGCUGCAACACCCAUCACUUGAACAGCUUGCUGGAUAUCAUAGAAAAGGUUGCCUCUCAUUCGCUGUUGCCUCCCGCUGAGCUGGAGGAAAGAGAUCUGCUCUCUUAUUCCGCCUCUUUAGAGGACGUCAAGACGGCGGUGCUGGGCUUACUGGUCAUCCUCCAGACAAAACUGUACACCCUCCCAGCCAGCCACGCCACCCGUGUCUACGAGAUGGUGGUCCAUCACGUUCAGCUCCACUACAAAUACAACUACAGCCUCCAGAUUGCCAGCAGCAUCCGGUUGCAGGUCUUUGACUUUUUGCUCUCCCUCCGGGCUGACUCUCUGCACCGGCUGGGCUUGGCCACCAAAGACGGGCCUGUGAGAUUCAGCCCCUACUGCCUCUGCGAUUUCAUGGAGCCUGAAAAGAAACCGGCUGGCACCCUCUCUCCUCCCCCCGGGAGCCCCAUCGUACACCCCCAGGGCACGGCUAUCCGGACGGGUCACCUGCCCUUCUCGCUGCUCUUUGGGGUCCUUCUCCAGUGCUUGAAGCAGGAGACUGACUGGAAAGUGUUGAAGCUGGUCCUGAACAAGCUGCCCAAGUCUCUGCAGUAUAAAGUGCUCUACUUGACCUCCCCUUGCAACGUCGAUCAUCUGUCUUCAGCCCUCUGCAAUAUGCUUACAGACAAGAAGAUGACGGAGCGGCUGCGGGGCAUCCCGGAAGGGCUUUCCCGGAACGACUUGCACCUGGCAGUGGUCCCUGUGUUGAUGGCUUUGAUCUCCUACCACAGUUACCUGGACAAAGCCAAACAGUGGGAGGUGGUCUACUGUCUGGAACACGGACUGAUUUCCCGCUGUGCCAACCAGUGCGUGGUGGCCCUGUCCAUCUGCAGCGUCGAGAUGCCAGACGUGAUCAUCAAGGCCCUGCCCGUGCUGAUCGUCAAGCUGACUCACAUUUCGGCCACGGCCAACAUGGCCAUUCCCCUCCUGGAAUUCCUUUCGACAUUAGCUCGACUGCCUCAUCUUUACAGGAAUUUCGCAGCCAAGGAAUACGCCAGUGUGUUUGCAAUCUCCCUGCCCUACACAAACCCCUCCAAGUUUAACCAGUACAUUGUGUGCCUGGCUCACCACGUCAUUGCCGUCUGGUUCAUCAAGUGCCGCCUUCCUUUCCGGAAAGACUUUGUGCCCUACAUUACCAAGGGUUUGCGGUCGAACGUUCUCCUCUCCUUUGACGACACCCCAGAUAAAGACAGCUUUCGGGGGCGCAGCACGAGUCUGAACGAGAGGCCAAAGAGUAGUUUUAAACUAGCCAACAGUGCCAGGCAGAGCUCGAAUAACUCUCCUCCCGUGAAAGAGCUGAAAGAACCCUCGGCUGUGGAGGCCUUCCGAUCCCGCAGCAUCAGUGUCUCGGACCAUGCGGCCCACAGCCGGAUCCAGACCUCCAUCACCAGCUCCAGUCUGGGCUCUGCCGAUGAGAACUCGGUGGCCCAAGCGGACGACAACCUGAAGAACCUCCACUUGGAGCUGACAGAGACCUGCCUGGAUAUGAUGGCCCGCUACGUCUUCUCCAACUUCACCGCCGUGCCUAAAAGGUCCCCGGUGGGAGAAUUCCUCCUGGCCGGAGGGAGGACGAAGACGUGGCUGGUGGGGAACAAGCUGGUGACAAUCACGACGAGCGUCGGGACGGGCACCCGAUCCCUUCUGGGCCUGGACUCCAGCGAGCUCCAGCACAGCACGGAAUCCAACUCCGACCAUGUGUGGCAAGUGAGACAGGCCAAGGAGGCCCCCGCCAAGCUGGAAUCCCAAGCCGGUCCUCAGGUGGCUCGAACCCGCAACCGAGUCAGGUCCAUGUCUGGUGGCCACGCUUUGCGAGUCGGGGCCUUAGACAGCGCAGCCUCCCAUCUGCCGGCCGGCGCGGGGCCUCAAGCAGCUCAGAGCUCUCCUGCUCCUCCUCGGGCGGAAAAGGGGGCCCUGCAGAAGGAGAAGGCGCACCUGGCUGCCUACGUCCCGCUGCUGACCCAGGGCUGGGCCGAGAUCCUGGUGCGAAGACCCACAGGGAACACCAGCUGGCUGAUGAGUCUGGAGAACCCGCUCAGCCCCUUCUCCUCGGACAUCAACAACAUGCCCUUGCAGGAGCUCUCCAACGCCCUCAUGGCGGCCGAACGCUUCAAGGAGCACCGCGAGACGGCCCUGUACAAGUCGCUCUCGGUGCCCACCUCCACUUUGCCCACCGGCACGGCCAAGCCCUCCCUCCUCCAGCGCUCCAACACAGUGGCUUCUUUCUCUUCUGUGUCCCUGACCAUUUCCCAAGAAAGGUUGUACAGGAGCAUUUCCUGGGCAGUAGAGUCCGCAGUCGUGCCGGAAGAAGGAAGCCCGCCGGACCCAGACCUGAAAGAAACAGAAUCCCCUCCUGAGGCUCAAGAGAUUGAAGACUUUGAAGGCACGUCUUCAGAGCAGGGCCCCGGCGAGGAGAGGCUAAGCAGGGGCCAUGGGGCUUACAGUAGGUCGUCCUCAACGUCCAGCCAGGAGGAAAAAGCACCGAAGCCAGGAGACUUGGCCGCCGUUGGCAUUCCCAUCAAAAGGGGCAGGAACCUGGAAGACAGCCGCGAGUUUGAGGCCCUCUCUUUCCAACCUUCUCAGCCCCUCAGCAAGUCCAGCUCCUCGCCGGAGCUCCAGACCCUCCAGGAAGUCCUCAAGGAUCCCAGCGGUGAGGAUCCGGCCGGGAAACUCAGCAGCGACGUGAAGUCCAAAUCCCAGUCGGGGCACUUGGAAGGAGAGCCGGCCGGGUGCUGGAUGGGAAGAGGGGAGGACGACCGGGUCUCUGGGGGAGCCAGGCUGAGCUCUGGAGCCCCCGCCUCCUCUUCCCCCCACUCCCCGACGGGCCAUCGUCCCCGAGGGUACACCAUCUCGGACUCGGCGCCCUCCAGGCGAGGCAGGAAGAUCGAGAAAGACCCCUUGACGGGCAGAGCCGCAGCCUCCAACGCUGAGAAGGUGCCCGGCAUAAACCCCAGUUUUGUGUUCCUGCAGUUGUAUCAUUCCCCUUUCUUCGGCGAUGAAUCCAGCAAGCCCCUCCUGUUGCCGAACGAGACUAUUGAGAGGUCAGUUCAGCUCCUGGACCAGAUCCCUCCUUACGACACCCACAAGAUCGCCGUCCUGUACGUGGGAGAAGGGCAGAGCAACAAUGAGUUGGCCAUCCUGUCCAACGAGCACGGCUCCUACCGGUACACGGAGUUCCUGACGGGCCUGGGCAAGCUCAUUGAGCUCAAAGACUGCCAGCCGGACAAGAUCUACCUCGGCGGCCUCGACGUGUGCGGGGAGGACGGGCAGUUUACCUACUGCUGGCACGAUGACAUCAUGCAAGCCAUUUUCCACAUUGCCACUUUGAUGCCCACCAAGGACUUGGACAAGUAUCGCUGUGACAAGAAGCGGCACCUGGGCAACGACUUCGUCUCCAUCAUUUACAACGAUUCCGGGGAAGACUUCAAGCUGGGGACCAUCAAAGGCCAGUUCAACUUUGUGCAUGUCGUCAUUAAGCCGCUGGACUACAACUGCAACCUGAUCACUCUCCAGUGUCGGAAAGAUAUGGAAGGGCUGGUGGACACCAGUGUGGCCAAGAUCGUCUCUGACAAAAACCUGUCGUUUGUCGCCCGGCAGAUGGCUUUGCAUGCCAAUAUGGCGUCCCAGGUCCACCACAGCCGCUCCAACCCCACGGACACGUACCCAUCCAAAUGGAUCGCUCGGCUGCGUCACAUCAAGAGGUUCCGACACAGGAUCCGGGAAGAAACACAGUACCAAUGUUCUGGCUUCCCUGCUGUGCAUCCUCCGGUCACUGCGAAAGCAUCUGCCCACAUGGCACAGGAUCCGGCUCCCAGCUAUGAAACAGGGCAGAGGAAGCGCUUGAUCUCCUCGGUGGAUGACUUCACGGAGUUUGUCUAGCUCAAAGCACAGCCCGCACGGCUUGUGCGGCCGGCGAGAUGUUUUCUUCCGGGCACUGGCUCGGUACGACCGCCUUGUGGCAUCUUCCCGAGAUGCCAGCGCCAUCCACGGCCUUUUUUCUCUCUGUGACCUGCAACUGCAGCUUUGCUUAGGGUCAGCCUGAAAAGGCACUGGCCCGUUUUCAUGGAACUUCCCUGCAGUUCUCUAGAGAAAGAGAGAAGGAGAGAGAGGUUGGUUGCUCUUUUAUUUUUACCCCCCUCCCAAACUAACACUUAACGGGGGAAGUUCUUUUGGAAGCCGGGGGCACUUUGAAUGAACCAAAGAGGUCUCGGGGUGGAAUUUGAGAUCAAGGGGCAGCUGUGUGCCUACCUCUGCCCAACCCCCAGGGAGGGGAGUGUGUCGGAAAGGUAGUUUUGUUUUGUUCUGUAAACUGUUUUCCCGUCAACUCUAAAACACAAAGCCAUGGAAGGCCAGCAGGCGGUAUGGGUGAACUUUGUCCUUGGCUUUUUUUCUAGUCGAGAAGACGCCCCCCGUUGCUUCAUGUGUGCGUACAUUAAAUAUCCAUGACUUCUCC